AUGGAGUGUUAUGAGCAGCAUGUGUAUUACUACGAAACCUCUUUUUAUUACAUAAAAGGCAAACUAAGAGGCCAUUACGUGACGUUAAAGAGAUGCAGGUGGAAAGAGAAGGACGAAGUUCAACAAGAGCAAUUCUCAAAGUCUCUGUGCUAAGGUAAAAUUCAGCCUGAUUUAGCAUCGUUACGUACUUCGCUGCGGAGAUCACAGACGGCUCUUACUAAUGUAUCCCGAACCAGGCCCACCCGUACUUCGUGACCUUUUUAUAAUUACUACAAAUAGUAUCAAUAUUUUUAAUGGCUUGGUAUUGGCUUCGCUGGGUUUCAUAGUACAACUGUUACUCACUCCGAAAACUCAUAGCAUGUACAACAGUCGUUUUCUAGCUGCGAAUAACCGUUACACGCGAGGCGCGAGACGGAUUAAUUUUAUUGUUUUGAACGCCCGCGUAGCACUCGUCAAAUUAAAGGUUCCCUCCUUCGAUCAUUCCUUUGUUGCUAUCCAAAGCAAUUUUUAUGUACAGAACCUUUCUUUUCAGGAAAAUUAAUCUCAACAGGUUUAUUAUAAUGUCCCGAGGACUGGAAGGACGCAUCUUUCUUUUUUUCUUUUUCAGCGACUUGCGGCAUCCAAGUAUCCUCCUGUUUAUGGCCGUAUACUAGUACAGGUCCUUUAAAAUGGGGACUUGUGCUAGAGCCCGCGGAACGUCGCUUCUUAAGAAAGGUCCUUCUUGAUGACAAGACUGUGUUUGAUGAGGACACUGUUCUGCGUUUCAGCCGAGAUGUGGCAUGCGCAAGGCAGUUUGUUCAUCAGGGAGGUUAUCAUCACUGCAAUCUGGGAUCACCUCGUGUGGUAUUAACUGAGAACUUUAAAGCAAAGGUUCGUUUUAUAGAUUACUCAUUGUCUGCGGGUUAAGCCAUCGCUUCUGCAAAUAAUUUCGGACUGGAUAUGUGACCCCUUGGAGUUCAAGUCCUUGGAAUUUGUCCUGGGUAGAUGGCUCACACGCCUGCCCAUGAACUACGCUGGGCGAACCAACUUUUCCUUAUAAAACUUGGCGAAUCAUUUUCAUGUGAAACAAAACGUUGGCUCGGCUAGAGCCAGCUAAGGUAGCCGUGUCACCCUUUUUUGAAAGUAGGGUCCCCUUCCAAGCCUGGCCAACUUUUCUCCACAUAAACUUUUUGGCUCACCCAGCCAGGUCAACUCGAUCAAAGCGACACAAUUAGAGCAUGCGCGAGCGCUUUUGGCACGCGAAAGGGGUCAACUUUUUUUCUCAUAUAAGCACUCGCUUACUUUUACUCGGCUGGGAGAAUGACCGUCUUUCCCGAAACACGUUUUCUCCAUAUAAACGAGGACUUAACUAUAUUUUCUGGUCAUGUAUUAACUACAUGACUUGCAAUAAUUUUAAGGCGAUUUUUUUAGUGUAAACUGUUUCUCUAGAAGGCUAUUUCUUUUGAAUUACACGUAAAAAAACCACAGCUUCAACUUAAAUCUCACCAGAUUUGCAACUUUGAAUUUGCACAACAAGUAGGUUAUGAUCAGAGUAGAAGUAACGAAAAUGUUCAUUAAAAAAUAAUAGAUAAAUCAGGAACAAAAGUGCCGUGUUUGGGUUGAAGUUAUCCUUUCCAAACGUUUCGGGCCUGGCCCUUCAUCAGUGGAAUUACCAGUUCGUCGAAACCGUUGCAAGGUUUAUAUAUGCCAUAAAUUAGAAAUAAAAAUUAAAGGCGUUGUAGUGCACGCGCGGCCUAGAGGAAACGGAAGUCGGAGUUUAAACCGCGUGGCUGACUGGUGCCAAGUUGAAUCUCAGUCGCAUUUCCGGGCGCUUCCGUUGCGCGUUAUUAACAGAGAGCAUCAUUCCUCGAACCAAAGCGUCGUCGAUUGGCUGACCAGCCGUGUUAAAACGUUCAGCCACAGGCAACCCCGGCAAGUUCUUUUCAAUGCUCCGAAGGUGUUCGCCAAAAGGUUGUCUUAAAGUACGCCCUGUUUCGCCGAUAUAGACGACAGGCUAACGGCGACAGGAGAUGCAGUAGACCAAGCCAGACGUUUGGCAAGAGAACGCCUUCUUGAUGACAAAAGAGUAUUGAGGGCCACAGACACUAGUGUCGCUAGAAAUGAAAUGGUAAGUGCGGCAGAGUAGUCUGCGUACGACUUGGCAUGGCAGUCUCUCCACAUGCGGCUGCUGCUGCCUGCAGGGGUAGCACUGCUUCAGGAGGAACUGGUUGCUGUGACAACCAAGUGA